AGUGGUGUCGUGAGCGCGCCGCCGUCUCGAGUCUCGAGCUGCUGAUGUUGACAAACGGUGAAGACGUUUGUGUUGAAGCGACACAUCACUCUCACGGACUCAGGGACUCUGUGGAGCUUUCAGCAAGAACUCAGCAGAGACUUUCACCUCAGAACGGUCGGUGUGAAGCUGUGAUCGAGGCUGCUGUGGGGUGUGCAGUUUCUCACAUUCUGUAGAGGACACACAUAUACACACACAGACAAACACUCAAGAGUGUGUUGAGCAGACAGCUGAGGGAUUCACUCGCUCGCUGGAGUUGUGCUCACAGAAGAUGGAUCUCUUGAGGACUUGCUUGCGUUGGGUCUGUGUGCUGGUCAUUGGACUUCUGGGACUUGUGGAGGAGAACUUAGCUAAUGUUCUGGACACCAUGCUGCUGAGGAAUUCUGGGAAGGUAGAAGAACGUCGGGAGACAGGAAGUGAUGCACCGGCUCUACCUCAGCGCUUCCUGUGGUGUUACUGUUACCAUCACUGUCCGGAGGACUCCACUAAUAACACAUGCAGGACGGACGGUUACUGCUUCACCAUGGUGGAGGAAGAGGGUGGAGUGGCUGUGGUGACGUCAGGCUGUCUGGGUCUGGUCGGAUCAGAGUUUCAGUGCCGAGACACGGGGAACUCUAAGCAGCGGCGAGCGCUCGAGUGCUGCACAGAUCAGGACUACUGUAACAGAGACCUACAUCCAACACUGCCUCCCCUACGAACACCCAGUUACGUAGUGGGAGACAUUCAUCAUAUUGCUCUGCUCAUCUCAGUGACCGUCUGUAGCUUCAUCCUCACCUUCAUCAUCAUCUUCUGUUACUUCAGGUAUAAGCGUCAUGAGUUAGUCCCGCGCUACAGCCUCGGCCUGCAUCCAGAUGAAACGUUCAUUCCUCCGGGAGAAUCCCUGCGGGAUCUCAUAGAGCAGUCCCAGAGCUCCGGCUCAGGGUCAGGACUCCCCCUGCUGGUGCAGCGCACUAUAGCCAAGCAGAUCCAGAUGGUGACACAGAUCGGGAAGGGGCGUUAUGGAGAGGUGUGGAUGGGGAGAUGGAGGGGAGAGAAAGUAGCUGUGAAAGUCUUUUUCACCACAGAGGAGGCCAGCUGGUUCAGAGAGACAGAGAUAUAUCAGACUGUCCUCAUGAGACAUGAGAAUAUACUGGGGUUCAUAGCGGCCGAUAUUAAAGGCACAGGCUCAUGGACUCAGCUCUACCUCAUCACUGACUACCACGAGAACGGCUCUCUGUACGAUUAUCUCAAAAGCACCACACUGGACAGCCGGGCAAUGCUGAGACUGGCGUACUCAUCCGUCUCCGGCCUCUGCCACCUUCACACGGAAAUCUUUGGCACGCAGGGCAAACCGGCAAUCGCCCACAGAGACCUGAAGAGCAAAAACAUCCUGGUGAAGAGGAACGGCGCCUGCUGCAUCGCUGACCUCGGCCUGGCCGUCAAGUUCAUCAGUGACACUAAUGAAGUGGACAUCCCGCUGAACACACGCGUGGGCACCAAACGCUUCAUGGCUCCUGAAGUUCUGGACGAGACUCUGAACAGAAACCAUUUUCAGUCGUACAUCAUGGCCGACAUGUACAGCUUCGGCCUCAUUCUGUGGGAGAUCGGCCGCCGCUGUGUGUCUGGAGGUAUCGUAGAGGAUUAUCAGCUGCCGUAUCAUGAUCACGUUCCGAACGACCCGUCAUAUGAAGACAUGCGAGAGGUGGUCUGUAUUAAGAGAAUACGGCCGUCGUUCCCCAACCGCUGGAGCAGUGAUGAGUGUUUGAGGCAGAUGGGGAAGCUCAUGACGGAGUGUUGGGCUCAUAAUCCGGCCUCUCGUCUCACCGCCCUGCGUGUUAAAAAGACACUGGCCAAGAUGUCAGAGUCCCAGGACAUUAAAGUCUGAUGAAAGACCAACAGCACUGACACUAACCCCGAACUCACUGACUGACGUGGGUUCAAACGGAGGUGACCCGACCCGCCGGUGGAGGAGGACACCAGAGAUCUCGUGUGGUCAGAGCUGAUGGUGGCACGUCUCAGGACAGAGAUACAGCAGCUCCUGCCGUCCGAACACUUCACUGUAUGAGGACCUGUGAACACUGGCCAGUGGGACGAAGCAGGACCUCAGCGAGCGAGAUCACAUGUCUGCUGUCCAUGACUCUUACUGUACGUCUUUUCACAGUCUGUUCAGCUCAUACAUGACAAUGGUUUUGGAACAUAUCAGAUUUGUGUUGUCAGUCACUUGACAACUUGCAACAAGUGUGAUGGUUGAAGUCAUGAUAGCUGCGGAUUCCCACGUUUUCUGGUGGGCUGUGCCUUAUUUAUUGUCUAAAUAGAUGAAAAUGAAUGACGCAUCAAUGUACUUGAAUAAAUGUUCUAAUAACA